GAUGCAACGGUGGCUGGCCAUGGCACGACGCGUCGCGCGCUGGGGCUUUCUAGAUAACGAUGCGCUUUCAAGGCGGUGAAAUAGAUCUUGGGGCUUAACUUCGUCGGUUAUGGACCGGAGUGAAGGCCAUGGCGUGAUUCCAGCGAAGCUCGGAGCCGGUCCCCAAAAAGGCAAAACUGUUGUUCAACUCGUGACAUGUUCGUGACUUUUUCCACCGGCACUAGCCUUCGAAUCGCGCGAACUUGGGCCGCAGCCAAAGUUAGGCUCCGGGUCGCUUCGGUGGGUUCGCAAUUUCUUUGUGGGCUCGGAAACUCGAGGCCUUCAUUGCGGCGUCUAUGCGACAGGCGAAUAUGGUGUUCUUCGCCUGCUCCCACGAAGUCCGCGCUAUGUCCGAAGUGCCGCGCCGCCACUCCUCGCAUAUCACCCAACUGUCUUGAAUCAAGUCUCUCAGCGAACUCACCUUUGGAAACGGGCUUCUCACGACACCAAUACUGCGACGAUUGUAACUGCGGACCUAUCUCUCGGACUCUCAAAUCGAGCCCUUGUCUCCGUGCUCGGCUGCCCCUCGUCAAGGCCGACGGUUCAACGCUCUCUUUUGAAAUGAAGACCCUGAGUGUAAAACUCAGGUCAGCGGCGUCGACGCGGACUCCCACGACUUGCUCGGAGCUCGCAUGGGCGGGCCAUUGCUGAAAGAGAACAAAAGCAGACGCACUCCAUUCCCGACAUACUGGCUGGCGCCUCUGCGACGUCGGGCUCUCUGGCGUCCUUGGCAUCGACCACCAUCGCUCAGCAGCCGCAGAUCAUGCCCGGUCAAAGCGCUCAAGCCCCUACAUCCAUUAUCCAACACGGACCCAUCCGCCGCCUACCUCUCGAACUCCUGGACGAGAUCAUAGUAACAGCUCUCAUCGACGAGACUGUCAGCUCCGC